UAAUUGUUGGCAAGUGUUUCUUGCAUUCAAGCCAGUUUAUUUUUUACCACCGCGGUGUUUGGUGGCGCUACAAAGCAGGCACGACCAGUAAGUCAGAAUCAGCUGUUAUGUAUGCAUCGCUGUAAAUAGUGUUUUGAUUACCUAAAAAAUAAUAAAGACUUAAAUAAUGGGAUUGAGGCUAGUUUAUAGCCUAGUUCGUCCAGCGAAUUUUGCAAGAGUUUGGAGCACAACAAACUGCCAACGAAUCCACGCAGUCUGGGCUAAGAAGGAUAUUGAUCUGGAGUACAGAUUUUCACCUGUCUCUCUGUAUUCUAGUGAUGUACCUAAGAAAUGUUGGCAGUGCAAUUUUCCUUUCAAGUCUGAAGUAUUCUGUAAAAAAUGUGAAACAGUCCUGAAACCCCCAGAAGAGUUUGAUUAUUUUGAGAUUCUGGGAAUCGAAAGGAAAUUUGAUUUGGAUAUGACUGAUGUUAGGCAAAAAUAUAAACAGCUCCAAAAUAAACUGCAUCCUGAUAAGUUAUUAAAUAAACCGGAGAAAGAACAGCAAUACUUGAAAGAUAUGUCAGGAUUAGUAAGUAAUGCUUAUUAUACACUAUUAAACCCGUUACACAGAGGGAUUUAUUUAUUAGAAUUGAACAAUUUAUCCGUACCAGAAGAAACUGUUUCUAUAGAGCCGGAGUUUAUCAUGGAAAUAAUGGAAAGAAAUGAAGCGAUUGACGAUGCUGGGACUGAUAAAGAUAAAAUAAUUAAAAUUAUAAAAGAAAACCGCGAAAUACUUGCUACUUUAACAAACCAAUUGUCUGAAGCCUUCAAAACAAACGAUAUCGACAAAGUACGUUAUUUUUUGGUAAAAAUGAAGUAUUUCACCAGCAUAGAUGACAGAUUAAAAGAAAUAAAAGAUAAUUUAGGUAUCGUAACUUAAAAAUAUGAAUAAUUGUUAAUGAUUUUAUAUGAAUAUU